GCCAGGCUACAAGGUGUACAACGUGGCAACAAGUUUGCCGGUUCGCUUAUCAUCGAUAUAACAAUUUUAUCUCUUCAGAGAUGGAAAUGACAAGAUGUAGGAAUUAUUUUUGUCACCAUGCCAGAAAAAGUGGAAAUAAUAGAAUGGCAUCAGUUGGAAAAAAAAAAGUAUUUCCUAUUUAUGAACGUGUACAUGUUAAGUACAAAUGCUGUGCUAUUUCCGGUCGAACUGGUCAAGACUCGACUUCAACUCCAGCGGACAAAAGCUGUUUACAAAAACACACUGGAUGUCGUUUACAAGACUGUGAAACACGAGGGAUUUCUAGGACUUUACAAAGGAUUCCCGGUAAGUCAGUUCGGCGUUCUCACCGGACAUAUCUACGCUUCAAGUUACGAAAUUUCUAGAGAACAGUUCUCCGCGUUGCAAAAUGCAGCCCGCGGAUUUUUAGCUGGAGGUCUCGCUGCUGCGUUAGAGCAAACUGUCAUAAAUCCAGUAGAUGUUAUAAGUCAGCGAAUGAUGGUUGAAGGGCAAGGGCAAAGAAACAAGCAGCGCGGUACUCUGAGGUCUGUCAAUAUUGUAAAGCGAGUAUUGAGAGACCAUGGAGUUUUCGGCUUUUAUCGUGGAUUCGCAGCGUCUUUGAUGGUGGAGGGGCUCUGGAGUGCCACUUGGUGGGCCUCUUAUUGCCUGUACUUAGACGUGAUUGGGAAAAUGGUUCCUGGUGGAACUUCACAUCUCGUUAUUAAGGGACUGUCUGGUAUGUUGGCUGGAAUUAGCUCUGCUGUGGUGGGAAAUCCCAUUGACGUCAUUAAAGUCAGACUACAGGUGGAAGGAAGAAAGUCUUUUUCGAGAACUCUGCAUGAUCUGCUCAAGAAUGAAGGAGCUCUGGCUUUAACGAAGGGAAUGUUUGCUAGUGCCAUUUCUGAGAUGCCCUGUAGUGCUAUUACAAUAAUUGGAUAUGAAAUGGUCAAGAAACUAAGCUUGAAGGAGGAUUCUGUCAUUUAAUGAUAGUAAAUAAUCUUGUAAUUAUUAUCACAGUUAGGCAUUGUGACACAAAAUGGAGAGGUUGGCAGACAUAAAAACAGUCAUGCAUGCUCACAUUAGGUUUUUUGCAUUAGGACUGGUUUUUGUCUUUUUUUUAUAGUUCUAUUUUCCCAAUGCCUUCAAUGUGAUAAAAAUAGUUACAGUUACUGGUAAUAUGUUCUUGGGCAUGAAUAAGUGUUAGCCCUUUUCAGAGCUCAUUUUAACCCUCACCUAACAAUACAUUUGUGGAAUGUAUUAUGUACACCUAGCGAAGUAGAAAAGCAUCUGAAAAACCUAAACAUACACAAGUCCCCAGGUCCUGAUAAAUUAUUGCCUCGUAUCCUGAAAGAAUGUGCAUUGGAAUUAUCUAUGUCACUUUGUAACUUAUUUAACAAGUCAUUCCAAUCUGGCUCACUUAACCCAACGACUGGAAAAUUACACAUGUUAUUCCAGUCUAUAAAAAGGGACCAAAAUAUAUAAAGGAAAACUAUCGCCAAGUCUCACUAACAUCUAUCAUCAGUAAAACAGUGGAGAAGAUUGUUAAAUCAAGAGUUGUCUCAUUUUGGACUGAACAUCAACUACUAAACCCAAGCCAAUUUGGAUACUUGGAAGGCUGAUUGACAGUGUCACAACUUUUAAGCUGUUUUAAUGACUGGUGCUUAACAAGAAAUUUGUCUAAAGUGUCUGAUGUAAUAUUUCUGGACCUAUCAAAAGCGUUCGACAGUGUCCCUCAUGAGCGCCUACUUUUAAAACUCAAUAGGUAUGGGAUAGACGGGCAACUGCACCUGUGGUUCAGGAACUUCUUAACCAAUCGAAAACAAAGAGUUAUGGUACGUGGAUUGUACUCGGAUUGGUCACCUGUCACAUCUGGUGUCCCUCAGGGCUCAAUACUGGGACCGGUUAUGUUCCUUAUUUAAGUGAAAGAAAUACCUGGCAUCAUCACGUCUACUGCCAAAUGAUUUGCCGAUGAUACCAAAAUCUACCAACAGAUAAAUAAUGUUGAAGAUUCUAUUGCUUUACAGAUAGAUUUGACCACCCUCGACCUAUGGGCAAAUCGUUGACAGAUGAAAUUUAAUUCUACCAAAUGUGAAGUCAUGAGAAUUACACAUAACAAAGACAAAAAGUCCACACGGUACAAUAUAUCGAGUACAGUGUUGAGGAAUGUAUCUAAUUACAAAGAUCUUGGAGUUAUUAUGACUAGUGAUCUGAAAUGGUCAAAACAUGUUGAACAAAUAGUUCACAAAGCAAAUAAGGUUCUUGGCUUACUUAAACGCACAGUAUGCGGUAAAAAUAAAGAUAUUUUUUCAAAUUUGUACAAAACCUUGGUUCGUCCAAUCUUGGAAUACGCUUGCCCGGUGUGGUCACCACACCUCAUCAAAGACAUCAAUGAAAUUGAGAAGAUACAAAGAAGAGCUUCGCGAAUUUCUUUAGGCCAAAGAAGACAAGAGAUGGCGUAUAAGGAGAGGUGUAAAAUUCUUAAAUGGAACUCUUUUGUACAAAGGAGAGAUUUCCUUUCCUUAGUGGAAUGCUAUAAAACUGUAUUCAAUCUAAAUGGAUUAAAUUUCAGUGACUAUUUUGAACUUUGUAAAAACACUAAGUCAAGAUCUAACCAUCCAUAUAAGCUACAACUCAAACUCGCAAACUGAACUGCUACAAAAAAAUUCUUUCUUUGUCAGAAUUAUCAAACCCUGGAAUAAUCUUCCUAUUAAUGUAUUUAAUUUUUGUGACAGCCCUAACAUUAGUGAGUUUAAAUCAAAAUUGAAGAAACAAUAUGAAUAUUUAUCGAAUCACCAUUUUAUAUUUAUUUAUGAUAUUUAGCUGCUUCUUAUUUGACUUUUUUUAUUUUUAUUAAC